AUGCACAGUAGAGACUCCAAGUCACGCAAGUCCGUCAUCAGGAUGGACCCCAACUGCGCAAUAUGUAGUGGCCCGGCCACGCUCGCCUGCGACUGCGAGGCGAAGGGUCUCGAGGUGGCCGUCCGCCAGGCCGAGGAGCGCAUGAUGCGCUCCAUCUACUCCGACAUACGCUCCUGGGUGCGAGCUCACGCCCAAGACUACGUCCUCGAGUAUUUCCGCCUCCUCGCUGAGCGGCGCAAGAACGCCCACACGACCCAUCUCGACCAAAUUUCGGCCCACGCCUUCUACCACUACAAUGCCCCGCCCCAUCCGAAUCAGAUUGCCGACGCCCAGGCCAUACUCAAGCGCGGCAUAGACGAGGACUGGCAGGCCAGCGUCCAGCGAUAUCCCGAAGUCCUCGAAUACUACUUUGGCCUCGUCGAGCUCACCCUCCCUGCCGACGACGAGCCUGCCGUCAAGGAUCCGCCCCUGAGUGCCCUCAACGGCCACCGCAAGGCCACCCGCCGCGGGCCAGCCGGCGAUGGGAGCAGCAGCAACAACAGUGGGCCCUUUGCCGCCGUUGCCGCUCCUCCCAGCUUCACAGAUCGAGAGAUGCCCAUCGAGCGCCGAACGCCCGCACGCCGGGAACGAAGGCCGCUCUCGUCCCGCAUGCCUCCGCCGCCAUCGUCAUCCUACUAUGCUCCCUACACGUGA